CGCCCCGUCCCUCAGGCGCAUCGCGGUCGCCAUGGCGCUGUGCGGCCGCUCCGCGCUCCUCCCGCCGCCCCCGCGGCACCGGCCCCGGCCCCGAGCCCCGGGGCCCUUCGUCAGCUGCAGCCGCCUCCGAAAUAUUCAGACUAUCCUGACACAGAGCAGCAAAUCUCAGCCUGAUGGAAUCCUCUGCAUUUUAGGGAUAGACAGUCGAUACAAUGAAGGGUGCAGGGAGCUGGCAAAUUAUCUGCUCUUUGGUUUGUACAACCAGAACAACAACGACUUUGAAAGGACAGGUUUUCCUGAGGAAGUUCUGGAUGAUAUAAUCAUAUUAAUAAAACCUGACAGUGUUCAUCUGUACUGCAACCCUGUGAAUUACAAUCAUCUUUUACCCUAUGUGGCACACUGGAGGAACUUGCAUUUCCACUGUCUGACUGAAAAUGAGUACGAAGAUGAAGAAGCUGCAGAGGAAUUCAAGAUUUCCAGCUUUGUGGACAUGGUCCGGGAUUGCAGCCGCAUCGGGAUCCCCUACAGCUGCCAAGGCCACCUGCAGAUAUUUGACAUGUUCAUCGUGGAGAAGUGGCCAAUUGUCCAGGCCUUUGCUCUCGAGGGGAUCGGGGGCGACGGCUUCUUCACCAUGAAAUACGAAUUAAUGGAUGUCAGUGCUGACUUGUGGAAGACCUACAGCAAAAUGGAUCCUGUGUCCUUGGAGGAUUUGCUUCUUGAGGAUUUAAUGAUAUUUGAACACCAGUGGACCAACUUUUUUGCUAAUUUUGACACUGAAAUCCCCUUCAUUCUGGAACUCUCAGAAUCUCAGGCUGGGGAGCCCUUCAGAAGUUAUUUCAGCCAUGGCAUGAUCUCAAGCCAUAUAACAGAUAACAGCCCGAGCCGUCAGCCCUUUGUCCUCUUUGGCAGCCACUCCACAAAGGAAAACUUGAACACUGGGAACUUUAAUUUUCCAUCUGAAGGACAUCUGGUCCGAAACACUGGCCUUGGUGGAAGCACUGCCAAGCACAUGGUAGUGCAGUGUGUAUCUCCAAAGGGACCUCUGGCUUGUUCAAGGACCUAUUUUUUUGGAGCCACUCACAUUCCUUUCCUGGGAAAUGACAAUGAGAUGCCCAAGCAAGCUGAGCAAGUUACGCUGUUGUCGCAAAUAUAUUCUGCUGUUGUAGAGGCUGUGCUUGCUGGCAUUGAGUGCUAUGCUAAAACUUCCACUGAAUCCAAGGCAAAGGAGGUGGCAGAGCAGGUGCUGCUGUCUGUGUUAGACACCCUUGGCUUAGCACAGCUGAAAUCUGCUUUACGCUCCAAAAUUGCUUUUCAAAUUCAGGCUGUGAACAACCAUGGCAGAAUUACUCCAUUAGAUAACGAGGACAGCCUGAGUUUGAUCAAAACGGCAUCCAUGAUGGUGUUUGACAUUCCAGACCUGCUUACAGGAAGGGGAUGCUUGGGAUCUGUUGUGUUUUCAGAGUCCUUCCUGACAUCACAAAUACAGGUCAAAGAAAAAGAUGGCAGCAUCCAUCCAGACUCCAGGCACGUUAUCCUGACCGCAGCUAUCCCGAGAUUCGCAUCCUGGCUGGUUGAAGACAGUGAUGUGAAACUCUCUGAAAAGGCACAGCAAGUAUUGAAGGAAGACAAAUCUUUCCUGGGCACUUUACUCACUGGGGGUGAUGGAGUUUAUAUCUGUUCCAGCAAUCCACAGGCCAUGCCUGCAGAAGGCAAACUGUAUUUCUUUUCGGAUGGAAUUCUGUUCUGUGAUCCCCACCACGGCAGCAUUUCCAUUCCCAAGAACCACAUGAGUUCCAUUUCUCUCUAUGAUGGGGAUUCCAACAGCAUCGUUGCUGCUCUCUUUAUAGACUUCAAAAGUUCCCUGCUUCCUCAUCUCCCCAUUGAAUUCCACACCCAGAACAACUUUCUGAUGAUUGCACUUUUCCCCAAAAGAAAGAUUUAUAAAGCUUUUUAUUCACAGGUUUUCUCUCCAUGGCAAAACCAGACAAACUCAGGAUUAUCUUUAAGGGUUGUCCCAGAAGAAUUCCUGUCUGAGGAACAAAAGAGGCUGCAUUCCAGUGUCCAGAAGCUCUUCAAUGCCUUGUCUUUUGCUUCUGGGGAAAGAUGCAGGGAGCUGAAACUGUCUGCUGCCAUUCCAGGGUUGGAGAGGUUUGUGCAGCACUUCACAGUCAGCAGUGUCAGUACCAAGCCAGUGAUGAGAGCACAUCUUCCUGUCCUUCUCCAACAGUCAGAAACCAUUUCUGACAGCAAAGCAGAAGGUGAUAAGGUGAUCAUCACCAUCAUCACUGGGCUGCCAGGCUGCCGUUCCAGCGACCUGUGUUCUUUCCUUGUCACUUUUACCAAGGAGCGUGGGAGGUGGAUUGUUUAUCGGCAGACCAUGGACAGCCCGGAGUGUUUCAGUGCUUCCCACUUCCAGCGCUUCCUGGCCGGGCUCCUGGAGGCCCAGCAGAACCUCGGGGUCCACACUGGGAAGAGAAGCAGGCUCCUGGUGGUGCUGCAAGGGUACACUGAUGUUAUUGAUGUUGUGCAAGCUCUGCAAACUCACCCUGACCCAGAUGUGAAAUCUUCUUUCGCCAUUGGUGCAGUCAACACCUGUGUGGAGCCUCUGAGCUGCUACAUGGAACACAGGCUUCUUUUUCCCAAGUUCUUGGACCAGUGUUCACAAGGACUGGUGAGUAACGUGGUUUUCACAAGUCAUGCCACAGAGCAGAGGCACCCACUCCUCGUGCAGCUGCAGAGCCUGAUCCGAGCAGCAAAUCCUGGAGUUUCCUUCAUCCUGGCAGAAAAUGGGAUUGUAACGAGGAACGAGGAUAUUGAACUAAUUCUCUCAGAAAGCAGUUUUUCAAAUCCUCAGAUGAUGAGAGCUCGAUAUUUAAUGUACCCUGGCUGGUACGAGGGUAAAUACGGGGCUGGGCCCGUGUUCCCUCCCAUGGUUCAGAUCUGCGUGUGGUUCAGUCGCCCUCUGGAGAAAACACGAUUUGUGACCAAAUGCAAAGCAAUCAAGUCGUUGCUCAAGCCAAGUCCUUUUUCUGGAAACAUUUAUCACAUCAUGGGCAAAGUGAAGUUUUCAGAUGCUGAUAGAGUCAUUGAAGUCUGUCACAACACAGCAGCAAAUUCCCUAAGCCUGGUGCCUGUUCCGGAGGGGUCAACUCCUCCUGAUUCCAGAAAUGAUCCCAGAGACUGCAGCAGUCAACAGGAAUAUUUCCUUGUGUUCAUCGGCUGCUCCCUGAAGGAAGAGGAUAUCAAAGAUUGGCUCAGAGAAACUGCAAAACAGAAACCUCAGAGGAAAGCCCUGAAAACCAGAGGAAUGUUAACCCUUCAGGAAAUCAAAAACAUCCAUGUGAAACGCCACUUGGAUCCGCUUCCAGCUGGUUAUUUUUACAAUGGGACUCAAUUUGUGAAUUUUUUUGGUGACAAAAUGGAUUAUCAUCCAUUAAUGGACCAGUUCAUGAACGAUUACUUGGAAGAAGCCAACAGGGAAAUCGAGAAGUACAACAGGGAGCUGGAGGAGCAGGAGUACCACGACCUCUUUGAGCAGAAGAUUUAAGCACGUGGAUCCUGAGUGUUCCUGUCCUUGUGUCAGGAACCAAAAAAUGCUGUUUUGUCCUUCUGGCUCAUGAGAAAUUGAGUGAAAUGUCUGUUUUCAGCACUCCUUCCCAAACUAAGGGAUUGUUCCCCUGAGGUUGGCAUUUAACAUGGUAACUGCUUAGCUGUUUGUACUGUCAGGAUUGCUUCCACUUCACCUUAAUUCCAGACUGUACAAAGCAUCACCUGGAAUCUCUGGCUUACGGUGGAAACGUGGGAAAAAGAAGAAGGAGGAGGAGAAAAGAAGCAAAACUGGAUUUAUUUCCUAAAAAGGUCAGAAUGUAGUUGUGGAAUUGGGCCAUGGUGCAGAUAUCAAACAAUGCCUGGGCGUCCCUUGGAAAUCGUCGCACAGGAGUGGGGGAAUUCAGGAUGUGGGAUUGGGGUGUUCCCAAAGCGAGAAAUGGGGGAACAGACUCAAAGAGUCCCCAAUCCCAGAACUGUUUGCGUGUUCCCGAAGCAAAAAAUGGGGGAAUGAUUUAAAAAAUUGAGAGAGUCCCUAAUCCCACAUCUGCUGGGAUGUUCCCAAAGCAGGAACAAUUGGAAAAACUCAGAACUGAGUCCCUAAUCAACAGCUGUUGGGAUGUUCCCAAAGCUAGAAAUGGGGGAACAGUGGGGAAAACUCAAAACUGGAUCCCUAAUCCCACAGCUGUUGGUGUGUUCCCAAAGCGAGAAAUGGGGGAACAGUGGGGAAAACUCAGAACUGAGUCCCUGAUCAACAGCUGUUGGGAUGUUCCCAAAGCAAGAAAUGAGGGAACACUUUCUCAGAGUCUCUAAUCCCACAGCUCUUGGUGUGUUCCCAAAGCGAGAAAUGGGGGAACAGUGGGGAAAACUUGGAAGAGCUCCUGAUCCCAGAGCUGUUGCUGUGUUCCUAAAGCAAGAAAUGGGAGAACAAUGAGAAAAACUCAGAACUGAGUCCCUAAUCCCAGAACUGUCAGAUGUCCCCAAAGCGAGAAAUGGGGGAACAAUGGGAAAAACUCAGAAGAGUCCCUAAUUAACAGUUGUUGGGAUGUUCCUGAAGCGAGAAAUGGGGGAACAGUGGGGAAAACUCAGAACUGGGUCCCUAAUCCCACAGUUGCUGGGGCAUUCCCAAAGAGAAAAAUAUGGAAACAGUGGGGAAAAAUCAGAAGAGUCCCUAAUCUCAGAGCUGUCAGAUGUUCCCAAAGCAAGAAAUGGGGGAACAAUGGGAAAAACUCAGAACUGAGUCCCUGAUCCCACAUCUUUCAGAGAGUUCCCAAAGUGAGAAAUGGAGGAACAAUUGGAAAAACUCAGAACUGAGUCCCUAAUCCCAGAGCUGUUGGUGUGUUCCCAAAGUGAGAAAUAGGGGAACACUUCCUCAGAGUCCCUAAUCCCACAGUUGUUGAUGUAUUGCCAAAGUGAGAAAUGGGGGAACCGAGGGAAAAGCUCUAAUCUAAUCCCACAGCUCCUGGGAUGUUCCUAAAGUGAGAAAUGGGGGAACAGUGGGGAAAACUGAAGAACCCCUAAUCCCAGAGCUGUCAGGAUGUCCCCAAAGCAAGAAAUGGGGGAACAAUGGGAAAAACUCAGAAGAGUCCCUAAUUAACAGUUGUUGGGAUGUUCCCACAGCAAGAAAUGGGGGAACAGUGGGGAAAACUCAGAACUGAGUCCCUAAUCCCACAGCUGUUGGUGUGUUCCCAAAGCGAGAAAUGGGGGAAGAGUGGGGAAAACUCAGAACUGAGUCCCUGAUCAACAGCUGUUGGGAUGUUCCCAAAGCAAGAAAUGAGGGAACACUUUCUCAGAGUCUCUAAUCCCACAGCUGUUGGUGUGUUCCCAAAGCGAGAAAUGGGGGAACAGUGGGGAAAACUCGGAAGAGCCCCUGAUCCCAGAGCUGUUGCUGUGUUCCUAAAGCAAGAAAUGGGAGAACAAUGAGAAAAAUUCAGAACUGAGUCCCUAAUCCCAGAACUGUCAGAUGUUCCCAAAGCGAGAAAUGGGGGAACAAUGGGAAAAACUCAGAAGAGUCCCUAAUUAACAGUUGUUGGGAUGUUCCUGAAGCGAGAAAUGGGGGAACAGUGGGGAAAACUCAGAACUGGGUCCCUGAUCCCACAGCUGCUGGGGCAUUCCCAAAGUGAAAAUUGUAGAAACAGAGGGAACAACUCAGAAGAGUCCCUGAUCCCAGAGCUGUCAGAUGUUCCCAAAGCGAGAAAUGGGGGAACAAUGGGAAAAACUCAGAACUGAGUCCCUGAUCCCACAGCUGUUGUUAUGUUCCCAAAGCGAGAAAUGGGGGAACAAUGGGAAAAACUCAGAAGAGUCCCUAAUUAACAGUUGUUGGGAUGUUCCUGAAGCGAGAAAUGGGGGAACAGUGGGGAAAACUCAGAACUGGGUCCCUGAUCCCACAGCUGCUGGGGCAUUCCCAAAGUGAAAAUUGUAGAAACAGAGGGAACAACUCAGAAGAGUCCCUGAUCCCAGAGCUGUCAGAUGUUCCCAAAGCGAGAAAUGGGGGAACAAUGGGAAAAACUCAGAACUGAGUCCCUGAUCCCACAGCUGUUGUUGUGCUCCCAAAGCGAGAAAUGGGGGAACACUUUCCAGAGUCCUUAAUCCCAGAGCUGUUAGGGCAAUCCCAAAGUGGAAAUUGUGGAAACAGUGGGAACAACUCAAAAAAGUCCCUGGUCCCAGAGCUGUUGGUGUGUUUCCAAAGAGAGGGAUGAGGGAACACUCCCACCCCCACCUUUGCCAGGGCACAGCCCAUCUCAAAACCUCAGCACAGUUUGAGUCUGCACUUGAAAUUCUGACUUUAAAGAAAAGCUAUUUAUACAUUUCAGGGUGAAAUCAGUGGAGAAAUCUUAAUUUCUUCCCAGUGCUCUCAUUGGGAUUCUGGAAAAUAUUUCCUGGCUGGCUGCAAUGUGCACCUUGCUUAGAUUAUCCCUGGUGGAUUCCUAUUGCAGUCCUAAAAACUAGGCAAGGCAAGGGGGAGAUUCUUCAACUAAAGAAUUCCUUUUCAUGAAGAUGAGUGAUUUCCAAAGGUAAAAAAUAGCAAAGGAUGUUACUUGAAAGAGGCAGGAACUUGUUUGUGGAGCUUCCAGAAGAGUUUGCACACCGUAACAUUUCACUGUGCUGGUGAGAAAUCAGCUUUUUAAGUACUUGCAACACAAUUUUUAUAGUUCCUAAAUGAUAGUACAGGAAUGCUGGCAGCCUGUCCUAACUUAAUUCAGCAUCAUUUUAAAGGAGGCUUUAUAAAUCCCUGCCUGAAGGAUUAUAAAGUACCUUAGCAGCUACUUACAGGUAAUUAUUGGAGUUUAUUUGAAUAAGCAGAUCAUUGUAGCAUGCAUGUGUUCAGAAUUUAGGUGAGAGCAGCCCAGCAGGAAUUUUUUAUUUUCAUACUCCUUUGCCUUAGGGACAGCUCAAUCUUUUACUGCAACUGCAGCUUUUCUUUCUGACCAGAUGUUUGUGAUACAGCAAGAAAUGGAAUGAAAAAUCUCUUGCAGGACACUUAAAAUACUUCAAAUGUAUCUGCACAGCCUCAUCUCGAGGCAGGAGAGGGAGAUUUAACCCCUGCCAUCAAAGCUGAGGCUAAAUUAGAGUUUCUGCUUUGCUAAAGAGAUGUAUUUUUUACCUUUGGAAUAUGAAAUAAGUGACAUUGCAGUAACCUGAAGCACAUUUUAGGUGGUUUUGGUCUUCAUUGCUGGGUGCCUGUCCUGUGAGUGUUCCACAGUGCAGAGGUGGAAUUCCAGGUGCUGCAGGCUGGGAUAGAAAUAUUGAUAAGGUUUCAUUCCUCGCUUUCCUCCUAGAUUUAAAAAGCUGUCUGAAUUGAAGACUUUAAUAUUUUAUUUUCUUUUUUUUUUUUUUGCACACCACGAGACUUUAUAUAAAAACUACUUGUAUCCUGUUAGAGGCCAGUAAAAGCCAGCAAUUAGUUUGUGUUUUUAGGCUUUCCUGGGGUAUUCCCUGGAUCACAAGUGUGGAGCAUCCUGAUAAAGCUCGUGAGUUUUAUCUAUGCAUGGCUAAAUUUUAGUCUUAAUAUCCUGUAGUGCCUGUAGAGCAAAGGUAGCUAGCAGUGGGUUUGGGGGGCUGCCAGGGGUUUACAACUCAGUCCAGUUGGUUGCAUGAAAUUAUUUCAGAGCCCAGAAUUUUUAGGAAUCCCAAAAUUCUGGUGGCAGCGCUGCAAUAAAAAGGGGCAUUAGGAAAUGGAACUCCAAUUGGAAUUGCUUUGCCAAUUAACUCAGUGUAAACCCAGCUGUUCCAGUCCCAGUUCUCUCACCUGCAAAGCCAUAUUUUUAGAGUAGUGGGAUGUGAUGUGGGAAGAAAUUCCAGUGGUUGGGACAGCAGGCACGUGGUGGAGGCUUUGUCUCAACUCGUGAGUGGAUCAGAGUAGAUUUAAGUGCAAUUGAUUGAAAAUAGAUGAAGAUGCUGUAGCUGAUUUUUGCUCUGCUGAACUCUUUUUAAGAACUCCAAUUUGUGCAGCUCUCAAAUCAAUAUGGAUGGGGCUUGAUCCAGCUGCAAUUCCAAGCCCUGUGAACAAAAAAAAAAAAAAAAAAGAAAGAAUUGGGGUGUGAGUGUGCAAAUUGAGCUGUUCCUUAAAAACUGGAGCAGAAGAGCUCGGAACAAAGGCCUAGAACCCUCCUGUGCUGUGCUGCAUGUGCUCUGUGGUCAUAGCUGUGUAUUACAAAGACCUUUCACCAGACUGGUACUGGCUCAAUUCAUGUAUUUUGGUAUUGAAAGAAAUUGAUUACCUCAAUUUUUAGCGUUUAUUUUUGAACUGUGACUUUCAACCAGAACGGAAGAAAGAAAAAAAAAAAAAAGAAGAAAAACAUAAAAAUACCGAAAUAGUGAAACUGUGACAAUGGUAUCCUUUAAAUGUAGUAGUGCCUUGCAGAUGACACCAUUUAUUCCCCAAAUAAAUGGAUGUCAGGGGUUGCACCCCCCCUUUUUUUUUUUAAAGGAAAAUAACGGUUUUGGUGAAAGGACUUAAAAAUUUAACCUAGUGACAAAUAUUAGCACAAAUGGUUAAACUGUUUAAAAGAAAACUCUUUGAGGACUGAAAUGCCUGAUGAUGCUGCUGCUGUUGAAGAGCAGUUGCUGAUUUUUUGGGAGUCAAUUCUAACGAUCAGCAGCGCUUUUUGAAUUUAUUUUUUUCUUUUUUUUUAAGAAGAGUGUAACUUUUGUACUCUGGUCAGAGCUAUUUGUACUGUAUGGAAUCCCCAGCCCAGGGGGUUUGGUGUCCUCACCCUUUGGAAGUCGAGGUGAGGAUGGAUCUACUCCGAAGGAUUGAGGUUUGAACAUUUUUUUGCUACUGUAUAAUUAAAAAAAAAAAACCAAACAAACCAACAACAACAAAAAAAAGCACCAUUUCUAACCCACUGAUGUUUGGAUACAGCAAAAGUGCCAUUACACUGUUCCUUUUCUCUUUUAUUGUACUUGGAAAAAUUUGUGUCCAGGCAUUCCUGAGCUUGGGAAGUGCUGAAGAGUCCUCAAGGGGUUUCCACGCUUUGCUGACCUUUGUUAGCAGCUUGUGGUGGUGUUUUUUUUUCUUUCUCCUCACCGAGAAUGAGUGUGAUCAGAAGUUACUGAAGUUAUAGGAUUCAAAUGUGACAAACUUAGCAGGGGAACCUUUGCAAUUUGAGCUGCUCUGCAAUCUGGGAGUAUUUGAAUUUUAAGCUGUGCAAUUUGGGAUUAAUCCAGUUUUACACUUUGCAAUUAACACACCGGAUUGCAGGGAGGAGUUAAGUUGCAUGUGAGAGUUCCCUAAUAAGUUGGAGUUUUUUUUUUUAAAUUAUUGUUAUUUUUUAAUUGAAACUUGUCUGAAUUUGCACAGAUUUAAGCUCUGGAAUACUUUUGGUAUUCUUGAAAAGGGAAAAAAAAAAAAAAUUGUGACUAGUAUAGUGAAUUGUGAACUGUGAGUUGGUAGAACCACAAGGUUGAUCUAAUCUUAGGUUGUUAAAAAUGUACCUCAGACAGCUCGUGAGAAAUCGCUUCAUUUUUACACAACAGCCGGAUCCUGACCUAACACUUCUCACUUUACAAUGUGCCAAAAUUCACUUUUAUACUAGUUCUCAAUGCUUUAAUAUUUGCAAGUCUAAGUUAAAAACGUGUUAUUUACAAACACUACUGUAACUUCAGUUCAGCUGAAUGGUGUGAUUGAAGCUUUUUGCCUCUCGUAUUUAUUACACAACUUGAUUCAGUAAAUAUAAAAUUACCUUUCCAUUUAUUUUUGUAUUGUUUUACAUGUUUAUACCUGCAGUUUGUGUGACUUUUACACCUGUAACUCAGAUGUGAUGGAAAGAACCAAUAAACAGUAUCCAUCCAC